AAUGACUUGGAGGUGCUUUUUCAAAUACUAUUAUAAUAAUAAACUGCUAGUCAUAGUAUGUCGCGAUGUCAUGAACACUGACUACUAGUAGUACUAGUGUACACUGUGGCCAACAAUACCAACAGAAUGAUACACUCACUCUUCACAAGUCAACAAAUACUAUAAAAAUUCUGUCGCAUUUAUAAUCUGUUUUUUGUAAUCGUAAUUGUUAAAAAGCCACAAAUAGCGUUGAGGUAAACUGCCGGAAAAAAAAUGCCAACGUCCUGUGAGGACGUCAUCGGACAAAACUCGAGUACGAGCGCCGCGCAGUGCCCGAAUCGACGUAGUAGAUCGCGUGCGCUCAGUGUGGAGUGCGCGAUGGUGUUCGGGCGCGUGGCGCAUCAGGGCUGGCUCCAUAAGCGCGGCGAGCACAUUCGCACGUGGCGCGCGCGCUACUUCCUGCUAUACGAGUGCGGCGAGCUGGUGGGCUACCGCACCUGGCCGGCGGACGUGGCCGGCGAGAGCGAGCCGCGCGCCCCCGACAAUCGAUAUAGCGUGCGCGGCUGCCGACUGCGGACCAGCGACCGGCCGCGGCCGCACGCCUUCGUGCUGUGCCUUCGCGCCUACGAACCUGUCGAACGGCACUUCUCCCUCGACUCCGACGAUCAAAGCAGGUCACACUGGAUGACGGCCAUCAGUGAGGUAGCGGAGCGCCUCCUCGGUUCUCCUGCGAGGGAAUCUUAUCUCAUGAGUCUGGACAAUUACGAAUUCGUAAGAAUGUUGGGACGCGGUGCUUUCGGGAAAGUGAUGCUGAGCCGGGAAAGGAGCAGCGGCAAGCUGUACGUCAUCCAGGUAGUGAAACGCCGAGCCAGCUGGGGCGGAGGCAGCGGCUGCGGCAGCGGAGGUGGCAGCGGCGUAGGAUGCGGCGGCGGCCACCACGUGCUCGAAAUGUCCAGUCACCCCUUUCUCACGGCGCUGCGGCACUCGUUCCAGACGGCGCGGCACGUCUGCUAUCUGAUGGAGUUCGCCAACGGCGGCGACCUACAGCUGCACCUGGCUGAGGCGGGCUCCUUCCCCGAGCCGCGCGCGCGCUUCUACGCUGCCGAGAUGACGGCGGCACUGGGCCACCUACACGACGAGGGCAUUGUGCACCGUGACCUGCGCCUCGAGAACGUUCUUCUGGACCGCCAUGGACACAUCAAGAUCACCAACUUCGGCUUCAGCAAGGCGGACAUGCGGUACGGCGACACGACGGGAACGCACUACGGCGCGCUCGAGUACCUGGCGCCCGAGCAGCACGCCGGUCUGCCGUACGGGCCCGCCGUCGACUGGUGGGCGUUGGGCGUGGCGCUGUACCACAUGGUGUGCGGUCGACUGCCUUUCGCCGCCGUCGACACGGUGCCGCGCCGCCUGCUCUACGACCAGGUGCGGUUCCCGAGCACGGUGUCGGUGGAAUGCCGCGCGCUGGUAGCCGGCCUGCUGGCGCUGCGACCCGCUGAACGCCUCGGGGCCAGUCCCGACGACGCGCUCGACGUCAUGCACCACGCUUUCUUCGCCUCCAUCGAGUGGAACGAUCUGCUCGCCAAAAAGGUCCCGCCGCCGUUCCGGCCGCCGGUGGACGCUGACACGGACGCCCGCUUAUUCCAGCUGUCACGCCUCAGCCGCAGUCUGCAGCCGCCGCCCGACGCACUCUGCUCACAGACAGGAAGAGAAGUGCGCUGCGACUAUGCCACGCCCCGCGCAGUGCAGCGCAGUCACAGUCGCCGUCGCCGCCGCCGCACCACACACGACUGCCUCACCUCAAUAAUAAAUACGACACAGUGGCCAGACACAUGAAUAUUUGUAUGGUCAAAUGACAAUAUUAAUUUAUAAUAUCUUGUUGUAUACGAUCUAUAUUUAUAUAUUUUAUUAUAACAAAACUGUAACUGGUCGGUUAAACAAGAAUAUCUGAGCCAGAGAC